AUGUUGAAAGAGGAGGUGGCGAUAUUAAAAAGAAAUUUAGAGGACGAGAUGCUGUGUCGCUGCUUCGCCGUCUGUCUGCUGCUGGUGGUGGCAGCCAGUGCUGUCCCGCUGGAGCUGUCGGGUCUGGCCGACGAGGAGGAGGCGGUGCAGCCAGUGGACGCUGGAGAGCCUGACCCUCCGGGAGCAGAGGAAUCGGGCGAGGCCUCUGGCGAGGCGGCGGGUGGCGCCUCCUCAGAGAUCGCCAGCUUCCUCACCGAGAGCCUCACGGAGCUGGGACACAUGUUCUUCGGCACGCCCAGCAACGAGACAGGCAAGAAAGUGUCGUCGUGGAGCAGCGAGAGCGGACACAACCCAGAAGAGGUGGGCGAGUACUUCCAGGGCGACAUCAUCCAGCCGAUGUCGAGGAACGGCAUCCGGGCCAAGGGCGCCCGCUGGCCGCACGGCGUCGUCCACUACCAGAUCAGCCCCGGCUUCAGUGACGAAGCAAUGGCGAACAUCAAGGGCGCGAUGCGCGCCUACCACAAGCUGACGUGCGUCCGCUUCCGGCCGUACACGGGCCGCGAGACGGACUACAUCUACAUCACGCACGGCAACACGGGCUGCUGGUCGAGCGUGGGGCGGCUGGGCGGCGCGCAGGAGGUCAACCUGCAGGACCCGGGCUGCACCGGCACGCUGGGCACGCCCGCGCACGAGCUCAUGCACGCGCUCGGCUUCCUGCACGAGCAGAACCGCUACGAGCGCGACAAGUACGUCACCAUCAACUGGCAGAACAUCGAGCCAGGUCGCGAGCUGAACUUCAAGAAGUCGACGAAAGAGGAAACCUUCGCUUAUGGAGUGAAGUACGACUACAAUAGUGUCAUGCACUAUUCUGCGAAUGCCUUCUCCAUCAACGGACAGCCCACGAUCGUGCCAGCAGCGAAGCUGGGUCAGCGUAAAGGUCUGAGCAAGGGCGACCUGCGUAAGAUCAACGGCAUGUACAAGAAGGAGUGUCAGAAGCGCAAGUCAUCCAAGGCUUAA